AUGCUGGCUCUUCGGGAUCAAGAGAACUUGGCACAUGCCCAUCAAACCGUCGCCGCCUCCAAGCCUCUGAACCAACAGCUGCAGCCGAAAACUCCGGGAGCUCGAGCUCCGAAAACGCCCUUUAAAGUCCCGCUGAAUGAUGAGAACGACCCCUUGGCCUUUGGGAAGAAAACCGUGAAGGGUACCGGUAAACAAAAGGAAAAUGGGAAGCUGUCGGUCAAGGAUGCAUUUGUCACACCACUGGCAGACCCUCGUCAACGCGCCCCUCUGGGUAUGAAAACGACCAAUGCGAAAGCCAAGGGAUUACAGACUCCCGCCCCUCCCGCAGGGACCGUGAAGCCGGAAAGAACGACGAAAAGAGGCUCCACGCAGAGAGUGAAAAAGUUUACUCCCUUGGUCGAGCAGAGCCAAACAAAGAUUCAGGAUAAACCGGCCCAGGACGAUGUUCCUGACAUUGAAUAUAUGCCGCCUAAACCGAAAGAGCUCCCCGAUAUUCCCGACGAUAUCACGUACGAUACCACGUUCCCUCAAUUUCACCCGAAGAAUCUUGCGCUUGGUCUGGAGAGCGUGUAUGGAGAUAAUGAGGUUGGAAAUGACGGUCUUACGAAGAGAGAUCGCAAACUGCAGGAGGGUUCAAUCGCGUGCGACAGGAUGAUGGAUGAGAUGAUUCUCGAACAAAUUGCAAAUAUCGGAUUUGAGGAAGCCAGCGGAGCGGAGCAACGCGACGAGUCGCUCCGGAAGGAUGCCUCGAGGGCCCGUCGAGUGCGAGCUCCCAGUACGAGGAUCAAGCAGACCAGCAAUCUCUCGACUGUGCGUGCCCGGGAUGCUGCCGCGGCUUUGUCGGGAACCGACCGUUCCCUUCCACGAACGAGGCAGGCCGUCAAUCCCAAGAUCAAACCGAGAGUGACUUCAUCUCUGUUUUCGUCGAAAAAGCCACGCGCUCCUACCAAUCCAUCGUCCAUGCGCCAUACGGCGGCGACUGCGAGCUCUCGAACAACCGUCGGAUAUACCAAAGGUCGGGACGUGUCGUCGAGAUUGCAUGGCACUCCUUCCGAUGCCACAGCGCAGCCUGUCCACAAGGGAAUCCUGUCGCCGGAGACCUAUGUGCAGCCCGACAAGGCACCUUCUGACAGCGUCUUGGAUGCGGACUUUGGCGAGUUCGAAACGGACGGGGUGUCUGCGGAAGUCGAGACCGAGCUUCCGACCUAUGAAGAAGAUGAAGAAACGCAGAAUUUCCAGCUGACUCUGUAA